UAUACAGCUAGUGUCGACAGUUGGUACUAACUACAGCUGUCAUUUUCAUAUAAAUUUAGUUUUCGACUGUCUACAUAGUACAUACACUACUGUUAAGUCGUUAUGACUAGACCCCCAGGACUCAGGGGGAACAAUUUGUCUUUUGUAGGAGCUGUCAUCACCUUAAAUUUCAAAUAUUUCAUCGGCAAAAAUACGAUAUAAUAAAUCAUUAGGGAUAAAAAUUAAUAACAUCGUCAUCGAUAUAAUAAUUUUUGAACUCUUACUCAGAGCCAUUAGUGUUAUGGAAUAAUAUUCUUUAUAAGUAAUUAACACCAACUUCAUUAAAUUAUAUUAAUGUUUGAUCAUCCAGAUGCAGGGGAAGGGGUUUCCUUGAAAGUUGUAAUACCAAAAGCCAGAAGAGGAAUCCAUGAUCUUAAUCCUAUUAUGAGGAACACACCAGAUCUUACAUCCAGAAGUCAGGAAACUCGGGAUGAAGUUGAUAACAUUAUGAGCAAACCAGCUAGAUCUUCCAGUCCUAUAUCAGUUCGAAAGAAAUUGCCUCGAAGGUCAUCAGUUGAUGCUGAACUAUCAGAUAGAAGUGUUGAUACCGAUUCCGAAGAUAUUUUAUCUAAAUCCUCUCCUGCUGAUUUCCAAAUACAUUCCUAUUACAGAGAUGAAAAUUAUCAAUACAUAAAUUCUAAUAGGGAUGUCUCACCAAAUACUUCCUGGCAAGACUAUUCAAGGAGUUCAGAUACAAAUAUCCCAGAAAACCAAAAUAAAAGAAAGAGUACUUUUAAUUUCAAUUACAUGGUACCAAUUAUCAUAGCCUUAUGUGGAAUAUGCUAUAUUGUUUAUGAGCGUUACAGUGAUGAUAAUAUUAGCUUCAAAAUUUAUGAUAGAAUACAUUUUUAUGAUGAUUUAAAAAGCAUGGCCCAUAAAUAUAAAGUUAAACCAGAUUCAAUGUUGCAAGUGCGCACAGGAGUAGAUACAAUAUUUCAAAAGGAGGAUGCUGGCUCAUUUAUAUUCACUUAUGACAGCAAAUCAUUUCAUUCUGAGCUGUUUUAUAAUUUCAUAGACAAUAUAUCUUCUGCAGCUUCUAGAUACCUACGGAAUGAUACAAAAGAUGUCCAACAUAUUGUAUUAGACAGCAGUAAAGUAAUUACUAUCAAGUCAGAUGUAGAUCUUAUAAAUGAAUUUCGUGAUAAUUUAGAGAAAACUGGUGUUUUACUGGUGAAAAACAUUGAAAGGGUACCAGCUAAGCUUGCUAUGGCAUUUCAUUAUUAUUGUGAUGAAUUUAAUCCAUUAGUAAAAAAAAGUGCAAUUUUCUUUACACUAGAUGUCGCGAAAUGCAAAACACUGAUAAGUAAACAAUCUCUUGAUCAUGAUUAUAUUGAGAGGUGUCUUAAAGAUAUAUGGAAAGAAGUUGACAGGGACAAGAUAGCACCACUUUUAACCAGAGUAGUUGGUGUUAUUGUUGAUGUUACAAACUUAUGAUUAAUUAAUUAAAUUUUGCAGGAUUAAAUUAAUUUUUAAAUCUGGUACUAAAUUAAUUGAAUUAGCAUGUCUGUUUAUAUACAUAUUUUUUUUUCUUAAGUUCUAAAGACUUGUACUGAAUGUAAUAAAAUUAAUAAUGAAAUGUACUGUAAUAUAAUUAGGUAACUUAUAACACCGAAAUAACUGUUGUUGCUAAAACAGAAAAUUUAAAAAAAUCAUUAAAUGGAUGCUUUAUUAUACCAUUGCUAAUGCACCAUGAAGAAACUAAAUUUAUUUUUCAUGUCGUAUUGUUAUUUCUUGCAAAAAUUUUUUGGAAGCUUCAGUCAGAUCCAUCUCAGAAGUUUUUCAUAUUUUAACAGUAUUACAUACAAUAUAAUAAAACAAAUUUUAGCCCCCUUUUGUUCUGUAUGUGGCUAUUUAAUUUCAUAGUAGUAAUCUUGCAAAGUCAUGUGUUUGUGAUCUUAGCCAUUUUGGAAUUACAAUUGUAAGAAAAGGGGUACUAUUAUGGUUUUUAAUUAUUGUUUGUUGCCAUAAAUGUAUUGUUUUUUUUAGUAAAAUAUAUGAUUGAUUAGUUAAUUUUUUUAAUUUCUAUAUUUAUUUGUUUUUGAAAAAUGUUUCUUAAUCUGUGGCU